AUUAGCGUCUGAAGGAUUAUAUCAGCUUUUAGUAAAACUAUGAUGAAGAUGACUAUUUUGACUGUUGUUAUGGCGAUGGUUCUGGUAACCAUGGCUACCGGAAGUGCUAUUAAUAACCAAGUGGUAGGUGAAUGUCAGGGAGAGAAUGGCUGUCCACUGGUACCCGAUGCUAUCUGCAGAACCACCACCAUGCUGCGCUAUCUUACCAAAGCAGAACUUGAUGCCCAGUUCGUGUUGUCCAUCAUAGCUAUUCUGGGAAACCUAUUGGUAAUGGUUGGAGUUUCAAUAAAAACUAGCAUCACCAAAACGUAUUUCACCUAUCUCCGAGAAUUUCAAUAUGCAGUACGACAAUACAUUAUCCAACGAAAGAAUUUUCUGGACGAAGUCAAAUACAAUCAAAUUUACGAUAAAAUGUAUCAGAACACUAAUCUAUGCUCUAAAACGUUAAAAUCAUCAGCCAGGUCGAACCAUCAAUCAUUUUACCAGAUGUCAAAUACACGCACGUAUUUUUGGAAUACUCUGUUAAUUUCGGUCCUACCUUCUUCUACCGAGAUGUCGCUUCGUGAUUGCUGGGAUGAACAUUACCACAGCAAAUUUUCUGUUUGUCGCCUGAACGAAGAAAGUGUCAAUGCUUACACUGAACCUUACGUAGUUCGUAACCAAUUAACACUCGACACGUUUAGAUACUUCAUUCAGCUAUUUCAAGAUCGCAAUUCCACUUUUAACGAGAUGAUUUGGAAGUACACCUAUUAUGGCCACACAUACCAGAUUUGUGUUGACUGUUUGUUUGAGAUACUAAAAAGAGUCAUACUGCAUUAUCCAGGCGAGGGCUUAGACGGUAUUCGGGAAAGUCUGCAGAUUGUGCAGAUGGGGCUACGGAACUUUCCACAAGAGGAGGAAGUCACCAUGGUUCCAGGAUUCCAGUCAGACUCCACAUCGUCUUUUGAAGUUUCUACAAAGCGAGCUGAACAUACUACUUACGUGAUGAUUGGUGAAACCAGGACAUCUUCCUUAAUCCAAGGUAUAGUGAAUGGCAUCAUACCGUCACUAAUGAUCAUUAUCCUUGUGGUUGUUGACAUCCUCAAGACUAACAGCCAAACAAAGAGCAACAAAAAAUCUGUCAAUGUUCCAGAACAGGGAACUGAACAGUCUAACCAAUUAAGGCAUAGAAAGACUGAACCCUCAAAGCAUUCCAAUACCGAAGACGGACCGACAUUCAUACCUUUACAUCGCUUGAACAUCUGCCCACCACUUAAUUUCGAAGCGUCCACAAGCUUUAUGCCAAUAGCGCCCUCCGCCCCAACAGUUGAGCCCGAAACGGUUUUCGAACCCGAUUCUAGAUACACAAGCUUACCCUUCACGACACCCCAAAACUGUGAAAAUCCUGUUGAAGAAGCUCCAAGUAUGAUUUUCGAACCGAACCCAGAAUACGUUUCGUACCCAGUCAUUGCGACUGAGAAACCACAACUAGUAAGUAGCGUUGGGGCCACAAUGACAUCAAACUUUGAUGAUCCGCCACGAUAUUGUGACAUUGAACCCAUUGGCAUUUUUAACAUUGAGGGUGAACUGAAUCAGAAGAAAGACCACCCACAACAUUCUAUGGACCAAUCUACAGUAACACCAGACCGUGAUCUAAGCAUAAACCUUAACGAUUCAUUUGAUCAAAGAUGUACCCAGUCCUACAGAAACAUGGUCGGUAACCAUAUUGCCACUACUAUGAACGGGAAAAGCCAGACGGUGACCAAAUCCAAUGUGUCCAACCCCAAAUGUCCAAUGUGGACCGCUAUCCGAAUUAUGAGUGUGCUUCGAGAUUGCAAUGCCAGUUAUACUAUGUCCUGUUGCUGA